CGCAUAAGUCAUGAAAAAGCAAAGGACAGUCUUGUAGCGAGCUGGGGGUGGGAGAACCAUGUGCUAAGGGGAAAAUCCAGACCAGAUUUUAAAUACAUCUGACGUGAAAUCCAACGGCAGGGAAAGAGAGUCAGAUUUCACAUACACAGGGAAAGGAGGAAGAAAAAGAAAAAAAGAGAGAAGAGAAAGGAAGAAGAAAAAAAAAAAAACCACGAAGGCAGCAGGAGUGUGUUUAGAAGCCAAAACCAUCUCUAGCAAAUGCAGAGAGAACAAAGAGAAUGACAGGGUGAGCGUGUGUGCGGGGCACCGUCUGCUCCUCUGCAUUGGCCAAAAGGCAUGGGUAAGCACCCAAGAGUGCUGCAGCAGCUGGGCAAUAGGUAGAGGGGAUACAAUCAGGUAAUAUUGAUUUUGGGUUGUUUUUUUUCUGUAUCAUGCUGCAAAAGGUUUAAGGACAGCUCAGGGCAAGUUAUUAUUAAUUCAUCCAGGAUCAGAUCUUCUUCCUCAAGGCAAGCAAUCUGCUCCCUGUGAAGGAACAGGAGGAGUGAUGGAUUAGCAGUCAGACUGAAUCCCAGGGAAGCCAGUGGAAGGAUGGUGAGCCAGUGCACAGAUCCAGGAUGUCAUUAGGUAAACCGACUGCUCUGUCUCUGUCUCCUAUAGAAUUACAUCACAGUCUUAUAGGCAGACCUGCUGGGCUGCCAGCCUUACUGCAGUGUUUGCUGCACUCCACACACUCUGUAUCCUCUCCCUGCGGGCGCUCUUGCUGAUACAGCACCUUGGAUUAUAUUUAAGAAAAAAAAAAUACUGCAGUUGUUUUCAUGGGGGAAAAAAAUCAAAUACACGGAUCUUUAAGUCAAGGUUUCGUCACAUCUCAUCUGGCGUAAGGAGAGGAAUUCAUAGCUUUGGCGUUGUGCAAUAACGGUACUGCUAAUUUUUGUCCAUGUACUUCUACCAAUGCCUGGAUCCUCGUUAUGUCUUGUCAGCCUUACCCCUCGCCAGGCUUCCCUCAUGGUCAGAGGGAAGAGGUUGAGCUGCCAGUUAAAGGGACACAGGCCUGUCCCUUCCACCCUGCAAACAUGCAGGUAAACCGACCACGGAGUACUGUGUACACAUACCCAACGGCUGGUACCCGAGAGGAACCUGGAAGCUACGCCAAGCAGUUCCAAACCAGACGCUUCUCCUAUCACAUUGCGGGAGCUGCACCUGGUCCAGGCACCCAAGCUCUGCAAAAUGAGGGGCCCCAGCCCAAGCCUCCAGUGCUUGUUAAAAGCCUCUCCUUGGAGCCAGCUCACCUCCCGGUACACCCAGAAAACAUCCAGCAGCUCCAGUCUGAUCCAGGAAACUCCUCUGACUGCAAUGGCAGCAUCCCGGAUGCCAACCCAAAACCAGCAGCCCCUAGACGUCCCGCACGUGCCAAACCUGAAGUUCCUCCAAAGCCCCCACACCUCCAGAGCGUGAGAAGACCUCGGCCUCCUGGCCAUAUUCCCCCACCCCCUUCACGUCCACUACCUGCGGACCCCCGACUUGGAAGGGUGCUACCGCGCCCAGACAACAAGGAUGGAACACCCUCAGCAGUUACCUCCCUGAUAGAGAAGUUUGAGAAAGAACCCAUCAUCCUGCCCGCUGAGCGCAAUUGCCCGGUCCAUGACCCCGACCCUGAGAUCAACAGCGCUCCCUCCUUGCACCCAGGCUACAGUAUGGUGGAACUGGGGAACAAACUCUUUGAUCUGCUGGAGCCAGAGGAAUCCCAGGCCAGUCUGGAGAGAAGACGUAAACUUGUUGGGGGAGGGGGAGAUACGGAAGAAAGGGGGGAGCAGGACUCUUUGGGGAAACUAGCAAACAGGGACAGUGGCAUUGACAGUAUCAGCUCUCCAUCCACGAGCGAGGAGAUGUGCUUCCUCGGUGAGGUGGAGGAGGGUGGGCGAGAGGAGAUGGAGCCCCCACACAUCACAGUACAACACUGCUCAGCCCAUGACUCUGAAGGUGACAGCGACAUGGAGGACGGCAGUGGGGGAGAAGAAGAAAUGCCUCUCGGGAGACUGGACCCAUGCGAGUUCACAGCUCGCCAGAAAGUGUAUAAUAUAGCCAAUGAGCUGCUGCAGACAGAGAAAGCUUACGUGUCCCGAUUACAUCUCCUGGACCAGGUGUUCUGUGCUCGGCUCAUGGAGGAAGCUGGCACCAAGGGCUCGUUUCCUAUUGAAGUAGUUAUGGGAAUUUUCUCCAACAUCUGCUCCAUAUAUUGCUUCCAUCAGCAGUUCCUGCUGCCUGAGCUGGAGAAACGAAUGCAAGAGUGGGACAGUAACCCUCGGAUCGGGGACAUCCUCCAGAAGUUGGCUCCAUUCCUUAAAAUGUACGGGGAGUAUGUUAAGAACUUUGACCGAGCCAUGGAGCUGCUGAACACAUGGACCGAGCGCUCAUCCCAGUUCAAGAUCAUCAUCCAGGAAGUGCAGAGGGAGGAGGCGUGCGGUAACCUGACAUUGCAACAUCACAUGCUGGAGCCUGUCCAGAGGAUCCCACGUUAUGAGUUGCUCCUGAAAGACUAUCUGCUGAAAUUAUCCGAGGAGUCGGGAGACCGAAGGGAUGCAGAGAAGUCUUUGGAUUUGAUUGCGACAGCGGCUGAGCACUCUAAUGCAGCUAUAAGGAAAAUGGAGCGGAUGCACAAGCUUCUGAAAGUGUAUGAACUCUUAGGCGGUGAGGAAGAUAUCGUGAGCCCUACUAACGAGCUGAUAAAAGAGGGACACAUUCUGAAACUGUCGGCAAAGAAUGGGACCACCCAGGACAGAUACCUCAUACUGUUCAAUGACCGCUUACUGUACUGCGUCCCGAAGCUGCGUCUGAUUGGUCAGAAAUACAGCGUGAGAGCCAGGAUUGAUGUGGAGGGGAUGGAGCUGAAGCACAGCAGCAGCCCCAAUCUGAUCAGGACAUUCCUAGUGUCUGGGAAACAGCGAUCCCUGGAGCUCCAAGCCAGAACUGAAGAAGACAAAAAAGACUGGAUUCAGGCGAUUGAAGCUAUGAUGAUCCGACAUGAGCAGACAGUGGAGACCUGCAAGCUGCUUAAUUCCUCCCAUCGGGAAGAUGAAGAGACUCCCCCAAACUCACCGAACACAGACCUGGGCAAGCGAGCACCAACCCCAAUAAGGGAGAAGGAGGUGACCAUGUGCAUGAAAUGCCAAGAAGCUUUUAACUCUAUAACCAAACGGAGGCACCACUGCAAGGCUUGUGGACAUGUGGUUUGUGGAAAAUGCUCAGAGUUUCGUGCCAGGCUUGUUUAUGACAAUAACCGAACAAAUCGGGUGUGUGUGGACUGCUACGGUGCUCUGCAUGGUUCUGUGUCCAGCCCAGGUUACAAUUCCCACACACCUCAGCGUAGGAAAUCUAUCCUAGAGAAACAGGCUUCGGUGGUGGCUGAGCACAGCGUAUUGUGCAGUUACAUGCAUUAUAUGGAGAAAGGAGCCAAGAGCUGGCACAAAGGCUGGUUUGUCAUCCCUCAGAAUGAGCCCCUGGUUCUGUACAUAUAUGGAGCUCCUCAGGAUGUGAAAGCUCAGCGGAGCAUCCCCCUGAUUGGUUUUGAGGUGACCCCAACAGAACAGUGUGAGCGUUCGGAUCGCAAGCAUGUCUUCAAAAUCAGCCAGAGCCAGCUCAGCUUUUACUUCAGCCCCGAAACAGAGGAACUGCAACGCCGCUGGGUGAAAGCACUGUCCCGAGCUGGCCGGGGGGAAGACUACAACUCCAAACACUUAAUCCCGGAGACUGAGGAAGAGACUGAGGGGACUGGGGAAACCCUAGGGGACACUUGAGGACUCGUACGCUACACUACCCUCUUGGAGAUACCUAAAAAGGGGUAGAGCUUGAACUAAUUCAUUUCAUCUUCAAACAGGGGACUAUUGUUGGUGUGGAGCUGGACUUGUUGCAGCACCACAUGGGGAGGGCUGGACUCACCCAUAGUACUUCCAUGAUCUACGAAAGACCUGAAAGAAUUGAGCUGAACUUCAAACCCAGAGGACUUGUGUAGAAUUGAAUCGCUUCUGGGAAAGCUGAAUGGGAUGGGGCUGGACUGACCCAUCAUCACUCAUACAGGAAGAAGUCGGAUGGCUGGAUUGACCCAUUAACACUUCCUUCCCUGGUCAACAUAUGCUUCCAUGCUCUCAUUCUUCACUCAAACCCAUCACCGGCACUUUCUCUUUUUUUUUUUUUUUAUAUGUUAUGUAUUAUAAUUAUUUUAAUAAUAUUUAGCAACACUUUUUUAAGUUGUUAUUUUGCUUGUUGCGGAACCCUGUGUUCCCUUUUAAAGUUUUUACCAUCAUUCCAAAAUUCAAUGCUCAUGCGUCCCAAAGUAGCCUGUUCGUACGUGAGGUCCUUUGUAACAGGGACGUGAGAGAACCAGGAGCAGAGUGAAGUAAUCCAGUUACUGGACGGGAAGUAAAGGACCAUAAACCAUAGGAAGACAUGUACAGAACCAGGGAAAUAACAGCAACUAGCUCUGCACCGCCUGUCACUAUCCCAGGUUACUUUAUACACACACCUUAAUGCAGGGCCAAAUUGACAAUGACAAAUCAGUCAUCCGUGGCACCUAAUGAAUCUAUGACAGGAGUAUUCAACAUGCGGUCGGCCUUCCAGCUGCUGUGGAACUACAAAUUGCAGGAUGCCUUGCCACAGUUUUGCUAUUGGUGCAUGCUAAAACUGUGGCAGGGCAUGCUGGGAUGUGUAGUUCAACAGCAGCUGGGGGACAUAUGUUCAAUACCCCUAAUCUAGAGGUUUAUAGGGCUUAGAGCAUUUUUUUCCCAAAAUCAGUGAAUAAGUGCACUGGACCGAUAAAGUAUACAAUACACACACACACACCAGUAGUAUUACUAUUCUGUAAAAGCAGAUCAGGUAGGAUGAAGCAGAGAUCAACCUUCGCAAUGUGAAGGGACACUUAAACCUAAAACAGAAUCCAAAGGGAUGUCAAUGACACGCCAAGGUUUCAAUAUUGAGUGUAUAGAAGAUUUGACACUGCUCUCAGCGAGCCAAUAAGACGGAGAAAAAGUAUUGUCCUGUAUUCCUUUCCGUUGGCAAUGACUAUAUAUUCCAGCUGUUAGUGUGUUGGGUGCAGAUGUUUCCUCAAUGAUCACUUUCCCCUGUUUCAUAGUAUUCCGCAUAACAACAAUAGCAGACGUGGCCAAAAAACUUUUUUCCACCUGUUUCCUAAGCUCUGACUAUAUGUAACUGUAACAGGCUCAAGUGGACAAUGUCUGCUUUAAUCUUUCGUCACUCCGGAGAAUGUGGCCUUUAAACUAGUAAAUUAGUUGAAUGGGGCAGUUCAAAUGACCUGAGCCAAUAGGAUUCGCACUGGUCACGCUAGGGGGACUGUAACUCCAAAUAAUGAUUUGCUUGGUUAUGUUAUGCACCGGGCUAUAAAUAUACUUACAUAGCUUUAUUGUAUCACCCCGUACAGGUUACAAGGACAUUAUGGGUGGUAUUCAAAUGAUAUAUCAUGCCCAAUCUCCUUUCUAAAAUGAUCCCCGUUAUCUCGCAUAUUGCGCCCAUAGUAAUCAGGUUUAGCUGUGUAAAGGGUUGGGUGCCUAGUUACCCCGGGGGGUAGUGAGCUGAAAUGAUGAUACGACGCCCCCGAGGGCAGAAACAGAAAAGGUGUGGAAGGGGGUGAAAAGAAUUGAAUAUCGCCCUAUGUGUCUGCUGAGUCCUUGUCCGCUUUGUCAUGCGUUCAGUGAUUAUUCGCCCCUUACUAGGUUUUAUUUCCAUUGUCAGCCAGCCGCGCCGGCUUCUGGAGCAUAUAAAGGAACUGCAGUCAGGGGAACAAAUAUUUAAUGGAAGACCACAGCAGCGCCAUAGAAACCAGGUCAUUCUAGAACAGGAAUAUUUGAAAAUAGUCAUCACUUAGUAUUUACAAUGAAAAAAUCUGAAGGAAUUAAAAAAAAAAAAAGUCAGAUGACAAAGUACGCAAUUAACUUGAAAUAUCACUAAGGGGUCAAUCCAAUUAGCCGCGAUGAUAUCGCGGGAGCGAAUCAUCUCGGCAGCGGCCGCACUUUGCGGCAGCCCAAACUUGCCCAAAAGUGCUCGCUGCCCCUUAGGGUAGCGAGCAAUUUUGUGCGAAUUCAGGCAGAAUCCAGGAUGUGAAGGGUGCAAGAUUGGGUACUGUUGCCGGCAUUUAAAUGCCAUGGCAGCGGCACUUUGCACCCAUCGCAGAUAAUUGGCUUGACCCCAAAGACUAUUAAAGUAAUAUAGUAUGUAUAGCUGUAGCUCAAGCCAUUAGGGCAGAGGGGUUGCUGCACUUUUUGGGCCGCUACCCCCAUGGUUCCAUAAACUCAUUCCCCCCCCCCCCCCCCCCCCCCCGACCUAUUGAGGAAGAUAAUAAUACAAAACUGUAUUUACAUUUUAAACAUUAUUUAAAUCCAAUCUGACCCCUGGUAGAACUCUGUAUCCGUUUACAUGGUCGACCAUGUUAUGGUCGACAGUCAUUAGGUCGACCACUAUUGGUCGACAUUGACAUGGUCGACAUGGACACAUGGUCGACACGUGAAAAUGGUCGACAAAUGAAAGGUCGACACAUGAAAAGGUCGACAUGAGUUUUUUAACUUUUUUUUCUUUUGGGGAACUUUUCCAUACUUUACGAUCCAAGUGGACUACGAUUGGAACGGUAAUCUGUGCCGAGUGAAGCGGUAGCGGAGCGAAGGCACCAUGCCCGAAGCAUGGCGAGCGAAGCGAGCCAUGCGAGGGGACACGGUGCACUAAUUGGGGUUCCCAGUUACUUUACGCAAAAAACGACACCAAAAAAAGGAGAAAAAAAACUCAUGUCGACCUUUUCAUGUGUCGACCUUUCAUGUGUCGACCAUGUGUCAAUGUCGACCAAUAGUGGUCGACCUAAUGACUGUCGACCAUAACAUGGUCGACCAUUCAUACCGGAACCGUAGAACUCACCUACCCCAAAUGGGGCUAUACUGCCCAUUUUGACAACCACCAUUAAAAAAAAUAAAAAAUUCACAAAAAAUUCUGUUACAAGGAAUACUAUAGAAAGAGUUGGAAUAUAGUAUACAUAGCCUCAAUCUGCAUGUGACUGUUACUAGUGUGUGACAUGUUUUAGGUUCAGUGUUCCUUCCAAUGAUAAAUGUGUAAGUCUGGAGAAGUAGAUGCCACAAUCAACCUAAAUCGCAAGAUGGAACCAACAUUUCUGUAUUUAUCAAAGCUCAUUCCCGAAUUUGGAAUACUGACCCGUAAACGCCUAAACUCAAUGACGAUUGUGCUAGUAGACCUAGAUUUGCAGAGUGACUAGUGCCAAGUAACAACAUUUUCACUUGUAAAUUGUACCAAAUCCUACAAGUUUUAAUAAUUAAAUAAUUUUGGAAGAAUACAUUCUAUUAAUACUUUUGUAAUAAUUGCCGGAUAUAAGACGUCAAGCGUAUCCGCAUAAUCCACAGGUGAAUAUUGUGCAGCAAAUUUAGGGCAGUGGUUCUCGACUCGUUUCCUCAACAGGUCAUGUUUUCUAGAGUUCUUUAAUUAUGCACGGACGAGUUCAUCUAUUUUGCUGUUGUGCCAACUGUUUCUAUAGACAGAAAUCCUUAAAACAUGACCCGUUGGGGGUAGGUGAGGCUUGGAGGAGAUGAAAGCCACUGAGUUAGCAUGUUCUCUCCAGUAUGUCUUUACUAUACAGUAAGUCUGUAUGUAUUUUAUAUGCCUUUGCUGUCCUGUGAUUAUACCCUUUGUACUGUGUUUUGGGCACAGAUGUGCUGCCAGUAUCAACAGCCCUGCACACUUCUCUGCUUCCAAUCUCUGUGACUUGUUGGGUGGAGGAAUAGCAUUGGUGGCAGGCCACUAGGGAUGUUUUAAACGUAUUAAACGCCUCACCCCACUAGGUGCUAGAGGUAUGUUCUGUUUGUUCAAUACAGUCUGUUUAUUGCAA